AUGUCGGAUCCGAGGUAUCCUCAGGGCUAUCCGCCUCCGCAGGGUUACCCAGGGUAUCCUCCUCAGGGUUACCCUCCACCGCAAGGCGGUUAUCCUCCGCAACAGGGUUACCCGCCUCCACCCACCGGCUACCCCCCUUAUCCCCAUCAAGGAUAUCCUCCACAGGGUUACCCAGCCGCCGGCUACCCCCCUCAGGGAUAUCCGCCACAGGGGUACCCGCCUCCCGCCGGCUAUCCCCCUCAAGGAUACCCGCCUGCCGGCUACCCGUCUGGUUCUGCGUACGCCGCACCCCGCGGCUACCCAGCUGGUAAUGUGGCUCACGUGUAUGUGGGCCGCCCCAACCACAAGUUCAAGGGGAGGAAGUUCAAGGGCUUCGUUGGCAAGCGCAAAGGUCUUUUCCUUGGCAAACGCAAGGCGUUCAUUGGCAAGAGGAAAGGCUUUAUUGGCAAGAGGAAAGGGGUCUUUGGCAGGAGGAAAGGCUUCUUCAAGUUCCACCAUUCGCGGUCGCUUGCCCGCGACAUCACGGUUCUCGCUCUCUCGUACGUCGUUUCCUUGCGUAGUCCGCGAUCGCGCUCCCCUUCUGUUCGCCCGCCCAUCCGCAAGUCGCUCCCGUCACCCUACCUUCCGCCCGUCACCGUCCCUUCCGCCCGUCACCCUCCCUUCCGCACGCCGCUCUCCCUUCCGCACGCCGCUCUCCCUUCCGCACGCCGCUCUCCCUUCCGCACGCCGCUCUCCCUUCCGCACGCCGCUCUCCCUUCCGCACGCCGCUCUCCCUUCCGCCCGUCGCCCACCCUUCCGCCCAUCGGACUCUCUUCCGCACGCCGCUCUCCCUUCCGCCCGUCGCCCUCCCUUCCGCCCAUCGGACUCUCUUCCGUCCGUCUCUCUCCCUUUCGUACGCCGCUCUCCCUCCCGCCCGUCGCCGUCCCUUCGUCCCGUCGCCCUGCCUCCCGCUCGUCCACUCGCAAUCCCUGUCUUCCUCUCUCCCCGUCGCCCUUGCCAUCCCUCCCGUCUCCCUUCCCGUUUCCUGUCACCUUUCCCUGCUUCCCCCCAUCCCCUUCCCUGCUUCCACCCAUGCACCUCCCUGCUUCCCCCCAUCCCUUUCCGUGCUUCCCCCCAUCCCCUUCCCUGCUUCCACCCAUGCACCUCCCUGCUUCCCCCCAUCCCUUUCCGUGCUUCCCCCCAUCCCCGUCCCUGCUCCCCCCCAUCCCAUUCCCUGCUUUCCCCCUUCCCAUUCCCUGCCUCCCCCCAUCCCAUUCCCUGCAUUCCCCCAUCCCCGUCCCUGCUUCCCCCCCUCCCCUACCCUGCUCCCCCCCUCCCCUUCCAUGCUUCCCCCGAUCGCCUUCCCAGCUUCCCUCCCCCCUUCCCCUUCCCUGCUUCCCCCCCUCCCCGUCCGUGCUUCCCCCCAUCCUCUUCCCUGCUUCCCCCCAUCCUCUUCCCUGCUCCCCCCCUCCCCUUCCCUGCUUCCCCCAAUCCCCUUCCCUACUUUCCCCCAACCCCUUCCCUGCUUCCCCGUGUCCCCUUCCCUGCUUCCCCCCCUCCCCAUCCGUGCUUCCCCCCUUCCCCUUACCUGCUCCCCCCCAUGCCCUUCCCGGCUUCCACCCAUCCCUUUCCCUGCUUCCCCCCAUCCCUUUCCCUGCCACCCCCCCUCCCCUUCCCUGCUCCCCCCCUCCCCUUCCAUGGUUCCCCCUAUCCCCUUUUCCGCUUCCCCCCUUCCCCUUCCCUGCUGCCCCAUGUCCCCUUCCCUGCUUCCCCCCCUCCCCUUCCCUGCUUUCCCCUCAUCUCAUUCCCUGCUUUCCCCUCAUCUCCUUCCCUGCUUUCCCCUCAUCUCAUUUUUUGCUUUCCCCUCAUCUCAUUCCCGGCUUUCCCCUCAUCUCAUUCCCUGCUUUCCCCUCAUCUCAUUCCCUGCUUUCCCCUCAUCUCAUUCCCUGCUUUCCCCUCAUCUCAUUCCCUGCUUUCCCCUCAUCUCAUUCCCUGCUUUCCCCUCAUCUCCUUCCCUGCUUUCCCCUCAUCUCCUUCCCUACUUUCCCCUCAUCUCAUUCCCUGCUUUCCCCUCAUCUCAUUCCCUGCUAUCCCCUCAUCUCAUUCCCUGCUUUCCCCUCAUCUCAUUCCCUGCUUUCCCCUCAUCUCAUUCCCUGCUUUCCCCUCAUCUCAUUCCCUGCUUUCCCCUCAUCUCAUUCCCUGCUUUCCCCUCAUCUCAUUCCCUGCUUUCCCCUCAUCUCAUUCCCUGCUUUCCCCUCAUCUCAUUCCCUGCUUUCCCCUCAUCUCCAGGUGUUGUCCACAUCCAUCAAAACCUGCUUGCCACCCAUACCAGGCUUGUGCACUGUCCUUCCUGCCAUGCUCAUACCCUUGCUCUCCACUCACCCCCUUGUUCUCCCUCGCCCCACUCCCCACCCAUCCGCCUGCGCAAAAGCAGAUCUAGGACUGGAUCCACCACGCCGCAGUGCACACGCAGUAUCAGCCUCCUCUCGAGACUGCCUUCAGCAACACCCCUUGCCCCAUACCCUCUGCUGA